AUGAAGCAAUGUUAUUAUGAGGUUUUGGGUGUGGAACAGGAUGCGUUGGAGGAGGAGAUUCGUAAGGCGUAUCGAAAGUUGGCAUUGAAACUUCACCCAGACAAAGCGCGUGAUGUGAACAGCGAGGAGGCUAAGGCGCGUUUCCAGUACUUGUUGGAAGCGUAUGAAAUUUUGUCUGACAAGCAUGAGCGUACUUGGUAUGAUGCGCAUCGUGCAGAGAUUCUGGGUAUGUCGAGUGAGACAGGAGGUUUGGGUGUGGUGAAUGUCUGGCCAUAUUUUAGUCGAGCGUGUUAUGAAGAAGAAGUUGCACCCGAUUCGCCGAAGAAUUUUUUUAAGGUUUACGGAGAUCUGUUUGAGAGCAUCCAUAAAGAAGAUGUGAAAUGCAUGGGCGUGAAUAAUGGGGGCGUGAAUAGUGGUGGUGGUGGUUUGGGUGUUUGUGGAAGUGGUUUGAGAGUGAAGACUACGGCAGGUCACUCUGAGUACAACCGACCGUGUUUUGGAAAUGCGGAUACCGAGUGGUCGGAUGUGUCAUCGUUCUAUCGAGAUUGGUCAAGCUUCGUUUCACAUUAUUCAUUUGGUCAUGUGGCUCAGUGGAAUUUGAAGGAUGCUCCUAAUCGUGACAUUCGGAAACGGAUGGAACAGGAAAAUAAGAAGGCUCAGUCCAAGGCUAAGAAGGAAUAUGUGGAGCUCAUCAGACACCUGGUGGAACAUGUCAGACGACGUGACCCGAGAGUUAUUCACCGGCAAGUGAUGCAGGCCCGCCUGGCGAAUCAAAUUGCCCUCGAGAAGGAGGAGAAGGAGAAAGAACGGGCCAAGCAACGAGAAUUGGAACGACAACAAGCACGAGAGGAAAUGGCCAGAUUGGAAGAACAACGAAGACAAGAUCGUCAACGAAUGAGGGCACUGGGACAACAUUUUGAGGAUGACGAAGAUGAGGACACCAAGCACAAAAGAUCUUUACAUAUGUGUUCUUGGUGCAACAAAUCGUUUAAGUCAGACAAUCAAUAUCAGACACACCUCAACAGUAAGAAGCAUCAACAGGUUGUCCAAGCUCAAGAACAAAAACAACAAAAAUUUACCGAAAAAAUCAAAGCCGGAAAAAGGAACAAAAGUAAUCCGGCGGAUAGGGAGCAAGCAGCUGAUAGUGACAGCGACAGUGACAGCGACAGUGGUAAGCAAAUUGAUUACGAGAGUGCUCAGUCCGGGAAUGAUAGCAACAACAGUAUGGAACAUGAUGAUAGUGGCGUAGGCAUUGCCAAGGAUGAUGACAUUGGCGGUGAUAGUGGGGGAGAAACGUCCGAUGAGGCCGAGGAAGAGCUGGAAGCAUUCUUAUUGAAGGGAAUCCGUUCUUCGCGAGUGGGGAGAAAGGUUAUGGACGAAGCGGAUAACCGGCUCGAAGGUCUCGACAUGACUGCCUUUGGCACAACUAAAACUGCUCCUGAGCCAGCUGCUAUUUCCGCUGCCAAAGAUAAAAAACGCCGACGACGGAAAGCUGAUGAACCAGAGGCUCCGCUGCCUCCUGGGCAUGAGAAAUGCAAAAUAUGCGGGGUAGUCUUUCCUUCGAGGUCAAAACUGAUGAAACACAUCAAGGAGAAAGGCCACGCCGCCCUCAAGACGAGAUAA